AUGGAACCCUUGACGGCGCUCGGCCUAGCCGCUAACAUCGUGCAGUUCGUAGAAUUCAGCACCAAGCUCAUUCGCGCCUCCAAGGACAUCUACGACUCGGCCUCGGGCGUGACGGAGGAAAAUCGAAGCUUGGAGUCAGUCUUUGAAGAGCUGCAAACCCUCGCCUUUCGUCUUACGCCCCCGACGACGGGCCUUCAGACUGAUGACGAGCGCGCCCUGUCUCGGCUGGCCGCGGAAUGCAGAAUCCUAUCAGACCAAAUGCUCGAUUUGCUGCGGAAAAUAAAACCUAAAGACCCAGAGUCGAAACGCCAGAGCGCCUGGUCGGCGGUCAAGGAUAAGUGGAACGAGAAGGAAAAGAAAGAGCUGAAACAACGACUCGACAACUGUCGGAAUCAGUUAGAGCUUCAACUCAACUUCUUAAUGAGUUCUGAUACCAAGACGAAGUUAGAGGCUCUGGCAAAACACGCAAGCGAGAGUGUUAUCAAGUUUGACGUGCUCCAAAAGCACAUCGAUGGCCUUCGAAGAGGUGUUGCCGUCACAUCAAUUAGCACCGAAGCCCAGGCGCAGCUUCGCGAGCUCCUUGACCUGUCGGAGGCGGUAUCUACACGCAUUGUGCAGCGGCGAGUGCUGAACGCCCUUGCCUUCCCAGACAUGCGCGGGCGGUUUGAAGCCGUGGACGUUGCGCACUUCAAAACCUUUCGUUGGAUCUUAGAAGAUGAGGAAUCUGAAGAUGAGGAAUCUGAAGACGAGGAAGACGAAGCACUAGAUUCCUACCCUAGCUCGCGUUCUGGACUGGGCUUGGGCGACGACGAGGAUGGUAGUAGGUCGGAGCGCGACUCUGAUCCCAAUCUCCUUGCCGACCUAGAUGAAAAUGGCGAUGGCGAACUACAGGUUGACCCGACGAACGCUGAAGGAACUAGGGAUGGAACCUCUGAUCUUGGAGAGACGACUGGAGAAAAGAUAGAAGGGGUCAACCCGCAAGUUGAAGAACAGAAAUCAGUUGACGAAGAGAGACAUAUUCAAGAGGAAGUCGACGAGAGCGUUGAGUCAAGAAUAUACAAGGUAGCUCCCGGAGCGGCACGCGAUCAACUUGCGUGGGCUCGGAACUUGUUGUCGAAUUGGCUCACGUGUGGAACGGGCGUCUUCCACAUAUCUGGCAAAAUGGGAUCGGGAAAGUCGACCUUGAUGAAGUUUUUGUGUGAUCAUCCACAAACAAAAACCAAACUUGAGAAAUGGGCAGGUAUUCAAAAGCUCGUGCUGGCGAAGUUCUUCUUCUGGAAGCCGGGAACACGUCUACAAAAGUCUCUGAGUGGCCUCUUCCGCUCGCUUCUCCACGACGUUUUGAGUUCCUGUCCCGAACUCAUACCGAUAAUCCUCCCCAAAGAAUGGCAUAUGGCCUUAGAGAUGCCUUGGCAAUCCCAGGGUACUAUAGAAUUUUCCGAUGCCACGAUCCAGCGCGCCUUCACCCUCAUCGCCAAGGAAAGCCGAUACCAAGACCGUUGUUUCUGUUUCUUCAUUGAUGGCUUAGACGAGUACGAAGAGACUCACCAGGAGGACUAUAGGGCCAUGAUUGAACUGCUUUCGAGCUGGACUCGUGUUGCUCCUAAUAAUAUCAAGCUAUGUGUUUCCAGUAGGGAGUAUAAUGUCUUUCUUAAUUUCUUCCCUCCAGACCAAAGGCUUCGAUUACAGGACCUGACAAGAGGGGAUAUAACGCGGUAUAUACACGAUAAACUUCAAGAUAUUGAUGACGAAAGCGACAAAUCAUGUCUAGUUGAGGCCAUAAUGGAAAAGGCCAACGGUAUCUUCCUAUGGGUGGCUUUAGUUGUUAGGUCGCUUCGUGACCGACUGGAGCAGACACGCGAUAUAACUAUCCUAAAGAAAGAGAUUGAGCCUCUCCCAGAUGAACUCGAAGGCUUAUUCUGUUUUCUCUUGAAUUCGCUCAGCAAAGCAGCCCGCACGACGGCCUACCAGACAUUUGCUAUGCUCGACGUGGCGACCACUCCCGUUCGCCUGUCCUUAUUUGCAUAUUCCUUUCUCGAGGAUUACAUCAGGAAUUCAAAGUUUGCCAUAGAAACUCCUUUCCAAUACGAAGCCUUGGAUGAUACUCAAAGGGCUGAUCGGAUAGCUCGAGGGCGCAAGAACCUCUAUGGCUGUUCGAGGGGCCUUGUGGAGGCCUCAGCUGACGUCGUCGGUUACGCACACCGCUCCAUCCCGGACUUUUGA